AUGGCUACAGAUGUGAUUCCAGCAUACGAGUUCGGUCUUGCCAUCAGAAAGAACCAUGGCCUUUUCAUGGUGGUCGGACAGUCGAUCGUCCCGAUUCCAAUGCACUACAAUCAUCUCAUCUUCAGAGAUAUUAGCAUCAAGGGAAGCUUGCUUGGCGAUCCAAAGACUACGCAAGAGAUGUGCGAGCUGGUUGCGAAGCACAAGAUCGAGGACAAAAGGAUUGCUUAUCCACUCGAAGAUGUAGAAAUGAUGCGAGCCGACUAG